CAGAAUUGACACAACUAUUCCCCGUACACAACCAGUCUUUCUUCUGUACACAAAAGAAAGCCAAUUCACUGAUCUCUGCCUUCCUAUUCAAAAAAUAAUGUAGUAAGAGUUGAAUUUCACAUUAAUUCCAACCCCACUGCCUCUCCAAAUGUGGACUUCUUCUUCUUCUUCCUCGUCUUCUGCUUCUACCUCAUUUUCUUCUUCCACUUCUUCCUCUCCCUCUCCUUACAGCACUUUGAACAGUAAUCCCAAGACAAUGGAAGAGGUUUGGAGAGACAUCACUCUUGCCUCUGAUAUCCCCCACCACCCUUCCGCACAUGGGGUCAUCCUCCAGGACUUUUUCUCCAAAGAUCCGCCGCCCCCCGCCAACUCCUCCUCAGGCUUCGCCUCCUCUCCGCCUCCUCCUCCUCCCCCGCCUCCCACAAUGCUCACUCUCAACUCUGCUACCCAUCACUUCAGCUCAUUGUUCUUUCAGCCCCAUCAUCACCCCAUUCCACAUGUAUCCUCUCUCAACCCGCCCUUCGAUGCUCUGGUUUCUGACGACAAUUGCUGCGGCGGGAAGAAGAGGUUCCCCGACUCCGACAGAAGCUCCGGCGACCGUCGCCACAAGCGUAUGAUCAAGAACCGCGAGUCUGCUGCUCGGUCAAGGGCUAGAAAGCAGGCUUACACGAAUGAGUUAGAGCUAGAAGUUGCCCAUUUGCUGGAAGAGAAUGCCAGGCUCAAGGAGCAGCAAGAACAGUUAUAUAGAGCUGCAGCUGCUCAAAAUCAGAAAAAGAAGACUCUCCAUCGCACCUCAACAGCUCCCUUUUGACCCUCGAGCUACCAACGAUCAAGAAACGCUAUAUUUUGAUGGGUUUGCGCUGG